AUGGCGACUACAACCACAAUAGAGGCCCUUUCUCUCGAGCACGAAGCAUUCACCGACUUGCCUGACCAGCGGAAACAGCAACAGCAACAGCAAAAUCGACCACCACCUACGGCAGCCUCGGAACGAAAACUUGAGCCUCUCAACAUCGAAUCUGCCCCAGACACAGAGCCCAACUACCCAACAGGCUCUAAAUUUUGGUUCACCAUCAUCGCACUGUGCGUGGUCCUUAUCGUCGGAGGCCUAGACGCCAAUAUCGUCAGUACAGCCGUGCCGAGCAUCACUAACCACUUCCACACUGUCGCCGAUGUGGGAUGGUACUCAUCAGCAUUUCGACUCUGCACCUGCGCAUUCCAAUUCGGGUUCGCGAAGCUGUAUAAGCUCUUCUCAAUCAAGGUAAUCUUCUUGAUAAGCAAUGUUAUCUUUCUCGUCGGCUCUUUACUCUGUGCCACGGCUGCUUCGUCGACUAUGUUCAUUGUCGGGAGGGCAGUGACGGGUCUAGGGUUCUCGGGUGAGUUGGCUGGGUGUUUUGCCGUCGUGGUACAUAUUCUGCCGCUUAACAAGCGACCGGUGUUUGCGGGUUUGAUGGCGUGUGUGGAAUCGCUUGCGAUCAUUGCGGCGCCUAUAGUAGGUGGUGCAUUGACACAGUCUUUAGGGUGGAGAUGGUGUUUCUGGAUCAACCUUCCUAUUGGCAGUGUAUCGCUGGCGACUUUGUUUUUCCUCUUCUCAGACCCAAGAACCCGCCAAGAGGACGACCUGACGGUGACUCAGAAGAUCAGAGAGCUCGACCUCGUUAGCAACUGCUUGUUCAUCCCAUCACUCACAACACUCUUCGUCGCACUAUCUUGGGCGGGAACAAAGUAUCCCUGGUCAGAUCGGAAAGUGAUUGCAUUGUUCCUUGUAUUUGCUGUGCUACUCGCCGCUUUCGUCUUCAAUCAAUACCGUCGUGGAGACUCAGCAGCCCUCCCUUUCCGCAUUAUCAAAAAUCGAAGUGUCAUCGCGGGCUUCAUCUUCACGACGUGCACUAAUUCGAUGACGAACGUCUUAGAGUGGUACUUACCAACAUACUAUCAAGUCGUUCGAUCCCGGACCCCAAGCGAGAGCGGCUACCUUAUGAUCCCUAUCCUCGUUGGAAUGAUGCUCGGGCUCUUUCUUCAGGGCAUCGGCACCACCACAUUCGGCUACUACGCUCCCUUUAUGAUCUUUGCCUCCGUAUGCAUGCCAAUCGCCGGGGGCUUAAUGACAACAUACGGUCUCCACACAUCGCUAACCAAGAUCAUCCUCUAUUCCGGAUUCGUAGGCUUCAGUGGAGGCAUCGGCUUCCAAGCUCCCCAAGCGGCAGUCCAGACAACCUUAAGUGCUGCAGAUGUCAACUUUGGGAUUGGGGUUAUCUUGUUUGGGCAGAGUAUGGGUCCCGCGGUGUUUAUCGCUAUUGCGCAGGUUAUAUUCACGAAUCAGUUGUCGUCAAGUUUGGAAGAUGUUGUACCAGGUUUGACACCUGCGUAUAUUGAAGAGCACGGACUUGGUGAUAUUAAGAACGGGGUUCCUUUGCAGCGGUGGGAUGAGGUUACGGGUGGUAUCAACCGGAGCUUGACUCAUACUUGGUACCUCACUGUCGCGUUGGCUUGCACAACGAUGGUGGGAAGUCUUUUGAUCGAAUGGCGCUCGGUUAAGCAGAAGCAAUCGUGA